AACGAUUCUUACCCUAGUGCUUAUGCUUUAAUACGUUAUAGUUUAUCGAAGUAAAGUAAAAAUUGUGUUUCGUUACUUUGCAACGAUUGAAUAUGAUGGAAAAAUCUAUAUGACCUUAGACGACAUUCACAGGAGUCUCUUCGGGGGUAAUCUCCAAAAUGCAAAAUUGCGAACUGACCGGUUUAAAAAAAUAACGGCAGAGGAUUUUCAGAAGAGGAUGUCCGACACACGCCCAAGUUGGUUUAAUAAAAGCGCCGACUACUUUUCAAGAAAUAACGACCGGUUAAUUUCGCAAGCCGAAUAUUUUUUUCUUAGAAGCAUGCUCUCUUUACCGCCUGCUAGUGUAGAAAUAGCCUUCAAAAUGUUAGACUUGGACGAUAAUGGAAUGUUAGAAAAGUCGGAAUUUCUGCGCUUCUUACGGUACGUGACCAAAGUCGGAACGGGAGAAACGGGCCCCAACACCACGGAGGUGGAGUCCUCCUUGGUUUCUUAUCUGUUCUCCUCGGAAAACAGCAUCAGUUACGGCGUGUUCCAAAAGCUGGUCACAGAUUUUCGUCAUUGUCUCUUGAAUAAAGAGUACAACCGAAGGGCAAAGAAUGGAAAGUUAAGCGUUCGCGACUUCGGUAGACUUAUUGCCCAGUUAACUUUGGGUACAGCGGAUUUGAGUAUUAAAAAUAAAAUUGAAGCGUUAAACUCAGAUAAAAGCAUCACACAAGAAGAAUUUUUUGGAUUUUACGACUUAGUGGCUAGCGCUAACUUACUCGAAGAUGCCUUGUCCAUCUAUCUCACCCCGAAGGCGGGUCUAAGCAAGGAAGUGCUUCAGAGGGCUUGUAAACUAGUGUCCAACAGGGCGACGUCGGAAGCCGUCGUCGAUACGAUGUGCCAUAUCUUUCAGAGUGAAGAGGAUGGUAGUAUCUCUCACAGAGAACUAAUAGAGGCGCUGAAAAAGCAGAGCCGAAUUGGACAAAAACCACCCGACCUCGGAUUCGAAAGGGGCGUCCGCGCCUUUCUCUACUGCUUUAAAAAGCAACUGGAGACCAAAAGUCUCUAA